UUUGACUCCGUUUUCUGCUCGAGCCCUCUAUUCUUUCAAACAUCAUCAGCACCCGCCCGAGCCACGGCGGCUCAUCAGACAUCCUAGUAAUGAAUAUAUAUCCAUUCUUAAGAGCAUAUUCAUUCUUAAGCUUAUGCAUAAGGAUAAGAAUAUAGAGGCUGCCAAUAAAUACAUAAUUCUUUUAUUCUUAAGAAUAUGGAUCCGCCACGCCCCUCCCCACAGGGAUGCCGCCACCACGCUUGCUUACACGAGCGUGUUUCAUGUUGAUUGCAGCCGUGCACCGCAAGGACCGACCACUGCCGUCGGGGUCCGCGGCGCGGCUGGAUGAUAUCGAGCGACGAGAAGUAACCCCGUACGACCGCAUCAAGCAGUCAAUGAGUGUCUCGGAUGAACCUGGAAAUGAGGAUGAAUUCGAAAAAUUCAUCAAUUCUCCGCCAAGACCUAUGACGACAAGCACGCCUCUUGAAUGGUGGUGCCGAGAAGAACAGAGGAUUGAGUAUCCACGUUUACAUCCGUUAGCCAUUGUGUCAGAUAUUAAGGUGAAUCGUGUAUAUUUCUUGAUUCUGUCGCAAUCGAAGGACUAUUGAGACCUUAUAUCUUCGACUGGUUCCUUCUAGGACUUAAGUCCUAGAAAGUCCUAGAUGAAAGUCCUACGAUCUAAGUUUA